AUGGAUUUAUAUUACAGUAUUGUUUCGGCGCCCUGCCAGAGCGUGUUGCUAGUGGCAAAGAAAUUGGGAAUCAACCUGAACCUGAAGAAAAUUAAUUUGCGCGAUCCGGUUGAGAAGGAGGCCCUGAGUAAGCUCAACCCACAGGCCACCAUCCCCACGCUCGUGGACAACGGACAUGUUGUGUGGGAGUCGUACGCAAUUGUCAUCUAUCUGGUGGAAAAGUACGGUAAAGACGAUACUCUCUAUCCGAAGGAUCCCAAGGUGCGCUCUGUGGUCAACCAGCGUCUGUUCUUCGACAUCGGUACGCUGUACAAGAACCUUCUCUCGAUCGUCAUACUAUCGUUCAAAAAGGAGCAACCGUCCGACGAGCAGACGGAGAAGCUGAAGAAGGCGAUCGAUCUGCUGGAAGGAUUCGUUACCGAGCGAUCGUACGCAGCCGCCGAUCAUCUGACUGUGGCGGACAUUUGUCUGCUCGGAACGGUGACGGUUUUCAACUGGAUCAAGUACGAUCUUGAGCCCUAUCCGCACAUUAGAGCGUGGGUUUCCCGAGUAACGGCCGAAUUACCGGACUACAACGAAUUCCGGAAGGAGGUGGACGAAGGUACCAAGGCAUUCUUUACUAGCCGACAGUGA